AUGAAUAUUGAUAUAGUGGUUGUUGUUAUCUCAGUGGUCACUGCCAUCAGAAGCAUUGCCAUUACUGUUGUUACUAUAAUAUUCCAACCACAUAUCGCCAGAAUAACAGAGAUUCUUGCUUUUAACUCACAGCUAUCACUUGUAAUCUUUGACGACGAUAACAAUGCUUUCAAAGGUACUCACCUCUCAGAACUAAGCUAUAAGUAUCAAAUGAUGUUUCCUUUUGUAAAAGGUGAAAAAGUAUCUAUUUUUGUAGAUUUGAUGGGUGAUGGAAAAAAAGGAUUUGUUGAUCAAUUCUAUAAAGAAAAGACUGUUUAUAUUGGAGAUGGAAUAUCUCAAUUGGAUAGAUUAGAUUAUUUCAGUGGUAAUGGUGGUGUGGCAAUCGAAAUGACUGAGAGAAUCUAUGAAUGUACACCAUUCCCCGAUUUACUGAAGAAGAAGUUUGUUAAUCCAACCACUUUAAAAAGAAUAGCAGCACGUGCAGCUUUGAUUGGAUUUCCUGCUGAUAACUUCGAGUCAUUAGAUCAGCUGACGAAGUGCAUUGAGAAGACUACAGGUAGUAUAGUAUUCUUCAAUGGUGUCUACAUAGUAUCGGGAAUAUUGAUGUCCAAGUACACCUCGACCAGGCAUGAAUCUACUUCUCCAUACUUUACAAUUGUCAAAGAUAUCUUUUGA